AUGUUCUCACGAAGUGGUCUGGGUCACGACACCGCCUGGGUGAUCACUGGUGGCGGUGGUGGCGUGACGGCAGAAAUGUUGCCGUCAAACAACGGCCAAGACGAUGCCUAUGGCUUCAUGGACAUGGUCAUCUCCCUCGAGAAGAUCGAGAUCACCGCCAUCUCCCACGGCGGAGUCGAGCGAAGCAAGACCACGGUCUACCCGCGCUUGAAGCCAAGCCCAUUCCUCAGUCAGUGCUCAGCCCUUCCUCCUGCACAGACUCUUUUGAAGGGUUGA